AUUGCUUCUUUUCGCGGGAAUUUGUGUUUACACGCUGAUUUGCUUCAGUUUUGAAAUUCUUCAAUUUAUAAAGUAAGCAAGCAUGGGAAUUCAGGGCCUAGCGAAACUAAUUGCAGAUAAUGCUCCAUCUUCAGUCAAAGAAAACGAAAUUAAAAAUUAUUUUGGACGUAAGAUAGCCGUUGAUGCUUCUAUGAGCAUUUAUCAGUUUCUUAUUGCUGUUCGCCAAGAAGCCAGUAUGCUGACUAAUGCAGAUGGAGAAACCACUAGCCAUUUGGUUGGUCUAUUUUACCGUACUAUUCGUAUGAUUGAUAAUGGAAUCAAGCCAGUGUAUGUAUUUGAUGGUAAACCUCCACAAAUGAAAUCUUCAGAGUUAGAAAAACGACAAGAAAGGAGAGCAGAAGCCCAAAAGAAUCUAGAAAAAGCUGAAGAAGAAGGUGUUGCUGAAGAUGUGAAUAAAUUUAGCAGACGACUGGUUAAAGUUACUAAACAACAUAAUGAUGAAUGUAAAGAACUAUUAAAACUUAUGGGUGUACCUUAUGUUGAGGCUCCUUGUGAAGCUGAAGCACAGUGUGCAGCUUUAGUGAAAGGUGGUAAAGUGUAUGCUACAGCUACUGAAGAUAUGGAUGGUUUAACAUUUGGUUCUACAGUUCUCUUGAGGCAUAUGACAUUUAGUGAAGCAAGAAAAAUGCCUAUUAAGGAAUUUCACUUGAAUCGUGUUUUGGAUGAAUUAGGUCUGAAUCAAGAUGAAUUUAUUGACCUUUGCAUUCUUCUUGGAUGUGAUUAUUGUGAAAGUAUUAAAGGAAUAGGACCUAAAAAGGCUUUUGAAUACAUUAAGAGUGAUAAGUGUAUUGAAAAUAUUAUUGAAAAAGUUGAAAAACAGGGGAAGUACAAGAUUCCAGAAGAUUGGCUUUAUAAAGAAGCAAGGGAGCUUUUCAGAAAACCAGAAGUAGCUGAUCCUGAAUCUGUUGAACUGAAAUGGACUGAUCCAGAUGAAGAAGGUCUCAUUAAAUUUCUUUGCGGUGAUAAAGGCUUCAGUGAAGACAGAGUUAAAAAUGGAGUGAAAAAGCUAUUGAAAGGUCGACAUGGAAGUACUCAAGGAAGAUUAGACAGUUUUUUCACUGUUAUUCCUAAAAGUAAUACGAAUACAAAUUCUGUGAAAAGAAAGGCAGAAGAAAAUGGCAAUGCCAAAAAGAAAGGAAAAGCACCACGGGGCAGAGGUUCUGGUAAACGUGGAAAAUAAGCUUUAUUGCAGCUGGCCACUUGUAAAGAAUAUCAUUUUUUUAUUUUUAGUAUUAUUGAAUUUUGACUCAGAAAAAUGUAAAGUGAAUUUUAUGUAAUGUAUGUGUUAAAAUAUUAAACUGGUUUAUAAUAGUA